CUUCCCCUCAACCAGCGCCGGACAUACUGGUUUUAGCAGUUGCAGUGAUGGCAUUGCCGUAAAUUCACUUCCCUGGUCUUCUUUUUCAUUUCCAAGCAAUCCACAUUAUUUACAUAUACUUGUGUGCAUAUAAAGAUUCAGAGUAGAAGAUAUUUAAGAAAAAAUACAAAACAAGCCAUAUAUAUACGCACACAGAUCGAGAGGGGUGAAAGUAUUAGUCUGUUAAGUGAAGAAGAAGAAGAAGAAGAGGAAGAAGAAGAUGCCGAUGAGCAGAUUCGCAGGUUCACUAUCGACGCCGAAGGUCGACGUGACAAUAGACAUGGGCAAUCCCUUCCUCAAUCUCACCGUCGACGGUUUCCUCAAGAUCGGAACAGUUGCGGCUACUAGAGUACUUGCAAAGGAUGCCUACCAUGUCGUCAGGAAAGGGAAUUUUUCAGGCCACAAUUUUGAGCAUACAUUGAAGAAAAUGUGCAAAGAAGGUGCUUACUAUGGAACUCUGGCCGGAGUAUAUGUUGGAAUGCAUUAUGGGGCAGAGAAGAUUAGAGGAACCAAAGACUGGAAGAAUGCAAUGAUUGGGGGAGCAUUGACAGGAGCACUGGUUUCUGCAGCAAGUAACAAAGACAGAGAUAAGAUAAUGAUAGAUGCCAUCACAGGAGGUGCCGUUGCUACUGCUUCAGAGUUUCUCAACUAUCUAACCUGAACCCUUACUACCGUUGUUGUUCUCAACUAUGUGGGAAAAUGAAGGAGGCAAUGUAGUUGUUUUGCUCUUCAAGGAUUUCUAGUUGUAAGCAAAGGAAAACCUCAGUGUUAAAUAAAAUGCUUUCUUUACUCAA